AUGCUGAAUGGAACCUGUCGCCUGAGUAAUGUUGGUGAUCUAGAGCCGGCUGUUUUUAAAUCCGUGGCUUGUGUCAAGUGCCUACUGUACAUUUACUUGGCUCAACCACCGUAUAACAGUUUCUAUGGCUUUGACGAGUCGAAUGUAUGUGACAAUGGAUUCUUAUACUGUAACAGUAAUGACAAGAACUGUAACUGUGGCAAUCGGCGGUUUUUGUUUAAUCUACCAGAGUUUUCCUUAAAGUAAGUUAAUAUAUUAGCCUGUUAUAGUGUUUUUAGGCCAGUCUACCUUCUAAACCGACUUCACGUAUCUCCACCCCUACCUCAAGAUGCCAUAGCUACAGUAAGAGAAUGUUGUCAAGCUGCUGAGAGUUGUUGCCAAAAUACUUUGAUACACGAUGUUCAUAAUCAAGGUACAGUGAUAUCCUUGCUAUGCUUAGCCUUGUCCCAGAGCCGUAGCCCAGAGCUUUAGCCCAGAGCGCUAGCCCAGAGCCUCAGCCCAGAGCUCUAGCCCAGAGCCCUAGCCCAGAGCCCUAGCCCAGAGCCCUAGCCCAGAGUCCUAGCCCAGAACCCUAGCCCAGAGCUUUAGCCCAGAGCUUUAGCCUAGAGCGCUAGCCCAGAGCCCUAGCCCAGAACCCUAGCCCAGAGCCCUAGCCUGAGAGUCCUAGCCCAGAGCCCUAGCCCAGAACCCUAGCCCAGAGCCCUAGCCUGAGAGUCCUAGCCCAGAGCCCUAGCCCAGAACCCUAGCCCAAAGCCCAAGCCCAGAGCCCUAGCUCGAGAGAAACGGACCAGCCCGGUCCUGAGCAAAAUUUCGAUCGGGUUGAGCCUGAAAAAUGAGCAGGGUCCGGCCCGUUUUCAUGUAAAAAUAUUCGGCCCGGCUUGGCUCGGGCCGGGCCUGCUAAAACUAACAUUCAAACCCGGCCCGGUUUUUUUAUGGCUAGAGAGCCCUAGCCUGGGAGCCCUAGCCCAGAGUCCUAGCCCAGAGCUCUAGCCCAGAGCCAGAGUUCUAGUCCAGAGCCCUAGCCCCAAACCCUAGCCUAGAGACCUUUAUAUAAAGUGUUAUAGAUUCCUGUCCAGCCACCUGGGAUGGUUGGCAGUGUUUUCAACGAACAACACCCACAUUAGUUACCCACAAGUGCCCCAAGUACAUAUACGGUUCAGGUCUUGUACAUAGUGUUGGUAAGCUUAAUUAAUGUAAAAUACGGCGUAUAAUAUAACAGCGCCUAUAAAUCAAGAUCUUACUGGACCUAAACUAAAGACUAAUUCACCUUCUUCUAGACCACGGUGUAAAAAAGUUGUGUGAACCAGACGGUACUUGGAGUACUCGACAUGUUGAUGAUCUCAAAGAAUACACUGACUAUAGUGGUUGUGUAUCUACUGACAUUUGGCUGGAACCCAUUCUCAUUCUAACUGUUGUGGCUUAUAUUAUCAGUAUUGUAUCUAUAAUAUUCACUAUUUCUGUCAUAUCAUCUAAUAAGUGAGUUUUUAUCAAUUUUUGGAUUUGUGACAUUUUGUUGUCAUAUUAUCGAAAUUUUUUCUAAAUGAAGUUUGUGUAAAAAAGCAUUGUAAUAUGUGUAAAAUACGUUUAAAUGAGGUAAUUUUGCAUAUAUCUAAAAGUUUUUUGAAAAAUCAAUAAUUUUUGUGACAUUUCGUCAAAAAUCAAUAACUUAUGUGACAUUUCGUCUUAAAAAUUUUUGGUUUUUUUGCAUUAAUUUUACUAAAAAACUAGUUAAAACAAUGUUUUUUUAAAAUUUUUUCGACAUUUUCAAAACAUCAAUAAUCUUGUGACAUUUCGUCAAAAGUCAACAAUUUUUGUGACAUUUCGGCUAAGUUUUAAAAACUUGUUAUAAUAGUUUCAAAACUCAUUUUAACGUAAUAUUACUAUUUUAGGUACUUGAAAAAGCAGUACGUAUUCACAAUCCACCGUCAUUUAUUGGUCUCUUUACUAUGCACAUCAGUCGCUUAUGUUAUCAACGCCUUAUUAUUCAUGCCAUUCACUCAAUAUGGCAUUGACUUGUAUUUUACUAAUCAUGUGAGUUUUUUAUUUUAUUUUAUUUUAUUUUAUUUUAUUUUAUUUUUUUUUUAGUUGAAAACCUACUAUUUGUUACCUAAUCUUACGACAAUAACGUUGCAGAUACUGUGUCGUAUGUUGUACAUUCUCCAGUUUGCCUACUUUCCAUUGGCUUCGUUCUGCUGGAUGCUGGCCGAAGGAAUACAUUUGUACUGGCUACUGUUCCGUUCGUUAACGCAUGGUAGCACACAUAUCAAGUACCUACCAUAUGUCUGUUGGGGACUGCCUGUACUACUAACUGUACUAUAUGCAGUACCAGCCGAGAUCUUUGAUAGUGAACAAUGUUUGACUGAACCGUCGAGCAACUUUUGGAUUAGGAUAUGGCUGAUUGUGCCUCGAUUUGUUUGUCUUGGGGUGGGUUUUUAAAAUUUUUGAAAUUUUUAAAUUUUUAAAAUUUUUUAAAAUUUUUAAAAUUUUGAAGUUUUUUGGAUUUUUAAAAUCCAAAUUUUAUUUUAAUUUACAGCUUGGUAACGAAUGCGUAUUUUACAAAACAUUAAAAAUAUUUUUGAAAAAUAAAAAUAAAUUAAAAAUGACACUUUUCAGGUUAAUGUAGUGAUCUUAUCAGUAACCCUACGCUUGUUAUUGCAAAAAUUGAAGAUGAAUACCAAUUGCUCAAAGCUGAGGAAUUACUUGUAAGUUGCCUUGCCUUGCCUUGCCUUGCCUUGCCUUGCCUUGCCUUGCCUUGCCUUGCCUUGCCUUGCCUUGCCUUGCCUUGCCUUGCCUUGCCUUGCCUUGCCUUGCCUUGCCUUGCCUUACCCAUGCCUUAUUCAAAAUGAUUUCAGGAAAGUGAUGAGAGCCAUGUUGAUGUUAGUGCCAUUAUUUGGAAUCCACCUAUUUUUGGUGAUAAUGGAAACCGGUGAAGAAUCUGACAUUCAUGAUGUCAUCAAAAUGGUUGUUAAUGGAUUUCAGGUAAAUUUCAAAUUGAAAGAAAAGUCUUAUGAUCCGUAUUUUACAAACAUUUUGAUGACAAUAACGAUCAAAACUAACGUAUUUUACAUUAACAAUACUACGUUUCAGGGUUUUAUCGUAUCCUCUGUAAUAUGUUACUCAAAUCGUAUGGUAAGUCAACUGAGUCGACCGUCCACUACUGUGCACAUGUAAAACAUCACAAUCAUCAAUGUUGCUCACUUAUUACUAUGUCCUGUAAGAAAGUGUGUGGUAAAUGCGCAUAUGUGGACGCAUUGUAACUGUAGUGAAUAUCUUUGAAACCUAAGCUUAGAAACAUAAGCCAAAAAGUCUAAGUUUGCUAAACUUAAGCUUAACUAUGCUAAGCUGAAGCCAAAGAAUAUCUUUGAACCCUACUAUUCCUAAGCCUAAGCCUAAGCCUAAGCCUAAGCUUAAGCCUCAGCCUAAGUCUAAGCCUAAGCCUAAGUCUAAGCCUAAGCAUAUUAGCCUAUGUUAGUCUGUGUCAACGUGAACCAUGUGUGAAUGUAAAUGUGUGAUAAAAAAGUUCAAAGUACGUCGCCUCUAAUUCGAAUUACAGAAAUUUUUCCGUUCGAAACAUCGUUUUGGUUUAUUCUCGAGUGGCGUCGUCUCUCACGAUCGGCUUCACUCCGACUCCAAAUGUGUGCUUCUAGCGCUACAGAAACGGCACGAGUCGCGGAAGAGCACCAAUACGACUACUGUUUUGUCAUGA